CACCGGGUGUGUGUGCGACGUUCAACUUGUGUAUUUGUAAUUUACUCAAUUUUAAUAGUAAACAAUGUGUUUAAUAUAUUAAUCAAAUGUACAAUGCUAAAAUAUAAUUAUUUUGUAGUCAAUGUCGUAUAACAGUAGUUUCUUACACUUACUGCAUUGAUGUGAGUUCUCGUGCUUUGUCUUCGCGUGUGACAAUAUACUCCAAAAUGGCGCAUCAACUCGCACCGUCUGUAAAUUGUUCAUUGGACGACAUUGACCUCAGCGCUCUAAAGGAUCCCGCUGGUAUAUUCGAACUCAUAGAAGUGGUUGGCAAUGGCACUUAUGGACAGGUGUAUAAGGGGCGCCAUACCAAAACCGGCCAGCUCGCGGCCAUCAAGGUUAUGGAUGUCACAGAGGAUGAAGAGGAGGAGAUCAAACUUGAGAUCAACGUGCUAAAGAAGUAUUCCAACCACCGUAACAUUGCGACAUACUACGGCGCGUUCAUUAAGAAGAGUCCUCCGGGCAAAGAUGACCAGCUCUGGCUGGUGAUGGAGUAUUGUGGAGCUGGCUCGGUAACAGACUUAGUAAAAUCAACAAAGGGUCAGUCUCUCAAGGAGGAGUGGAUAUCGUACAUAUGCCGGGAGAUAUUGAGAGGUCUCAGUUAUUUACACUCCAACAAAGUCAUCCAUCGCGACAUCAAAGGGCAAAAUGUCCUUCUUACAGAUAACGCUGAAGUCAAGCUGGUGGAUUUUGGAGUAUCAGCACAACUGGACAGGACAAUCGGCAGGAGAAAUACAUUCAUCGGCACUCCAUACUGGAUGGCGCCGGAGGUGAUAGCGUGCGACGAGAAUCCCGACGCGACUUACGACAAUCGCUCUGACCUUUGGUCGCUCGGUAUCACUGCACUCGAGAUGGCCGAGAGUCAACCACCUCUGUGCGAUCUGCAUCCUAUGAGAGCUCUCUUUCUUAUCCCAAGGAACCCUCCGCCUCGUUUAAAGUUAAAGAAGUGGGCGAAGAAAUUUCACAGCUUUAUUGAGACUGUUCUUGUCAAAGAUUAUCACCAGAGGCCGUACACCGAGCAGCUACUGAAGCAUCCUUUUAUCAGGGAUCAGCCAACAGAGAGACAAGUACGAAUACAGCUGAAGGACCAUAUAGACAGGUGUAAGAAAAGAAAGCAAGACAAUUCUGUGCGCGAAGAGUACAAAUACUCAGGGUCGGAAGGCGAGGAGGAGGAGAACGCCGUGGCGGGCGAGCCGUCGUCCAUCGUGCACAACGCGGCCGCGCACCCCGGCGGCGACACGCUGCGCCGCAACUUCCAGCAGAUACAGGAGGGCCGAGCCGCCGAAGGAGCGCAGCCGCAGCCGCCGCCGAAACGCAACAGCAAGCGCGAGGAGCGUGAAGAAAUUCCAGAGCCCGGCCCGCCGGCCAGGCCCUCCAUUCCUCAAAGACUGAUUGUAGUGCCAGAUCCGCAGGCACAACAGCCUAACAGAUACAGGCCACUUCCGCCUACCCCGAAGUCGUCCGGCUCGUCCAACAGCUCGGGCUCCAACAACGGCACCCCGCCGGCCAGCGGCCCGCAGCCGCCGCAACGUGGCUCUCACCACAUGUUCAAACCCAUGCUUCCACCACGAAAACCAGAGGACUUGGACAAGCUUGCUGCUCAGCUGAACGAGUUGGGCGUGGUGUCCGGAGGCGAGCCGCCGAACCGCCCGCCGCGAGCACCCACUAACGGACAAGGUCCACCGGUCGAAAGGAAUGUCCCUGAACCAACGUUUGACGACUCCGACAGCGAUUCUGACCCUGAAGAGAGUGGUGGUCGAGUACGCAACGACGGCACUCUUCUUGCCAGUGACCCUCCGAAACCGCUAGGGGGCCUGAGUGCGGUGUCCGAGGAGAGCGGCGGCGCGGCGGGCGGCGCGCCCACGCGCCCGCUGCCGCCCACGCCCGACGACGACGCGCACAGCGACCGCACGCUCGUCAUGAAACGGAAAGAGAAUACCGAAAACAAUUCCGUUCCUACCGAAGUGGAUGAAGCCGUCCUGCUGAAAGAUUGGGACUUUGCUAGAUUUUUCCCGUCCAAGAACGCUGAUGCGACAAACGAGAAACAGAGUCAGAUUAAAGAAGGAGAUCAAAAGCGCUUGCAGCUUCAGCGUCAGUCAAGGAUCGAGAUGGAAGACGCUUGGGCCAAGUACAAAGCAAUCGCGACGCCGCCUUCGCGCCACAAGCAGCUGUUCCAGAAGCCGCCGGAGAAAACCACCCACGACAAGCUGUCCGACAUCCUCAAGUACAAAAAGGAACACGAUGCAGAGUUGACUUCUCCAAAUAGAUUUUUUAGAGGAUUCAGAAGAGAGAACUCUGAUCUUUUUCCAUUACCUAGUACUAGACAUUCCGCCAUAUACUUUCCUAAACACGAAAAUCAGGUGGGACCCAGCAAACAACUUAGAUCGAGCGGUAUCUUCAACAACUCUAGAAAACAACAAAUAAUGAAACCGCAGAGUUCCGGAGAGCCUAUUCUGACAGAUUUUAUAAAAAUGAACGAUAGCUUAAAAAUGACAGCGCAGGGUGAAGUGAAGAAAAACGACAAAGGGAAAUCAUCCUCCAGCAAUCCGAUAGACGCCCUGAAAAGUGUAGCGGCACUGAUAAGACAAGACAGCGAAAACAAUGGACCGAGUCGCCAAAGUAGCGUGAACAGUGACUCUCCGUCUACGAGUAUCUGUUUCACGCCCAGCGCUUCGUUUGAGAAAGCGGGCACUCCGGACUUGACCGCCGGCACGCUGGAGAACUCGCAACAACAGCAGGACUCUGCUAACGCAGUUAGGCCUCGAAGAGAAAAGACUGAAUCCGAUAUAGUGUUUCGAAGGAAUUCUCACUAUAGCCGUCACACUGACCUUAUCCCCGGUUGUGGGCAGGAAGCGGUACUCGCUCAGGAUAAGGGCCGCGGGGGCGCGCCGGGCGCGGAGGGCAGCGGCUCGCGCACCAGCUCCGUGCUGCCCGACCUGCUCAGCCAGGCCGGCCAGCCCACCACGCCGCCGCGCCACGACAAGUCCACCAGCGAGGAGUAUAGGCAAGCGAUCGCAGGUGGCACUCCCUCUGCCCACCACCACCACCACCCGCUCCCGUCCUCGGUCCAGUCCACCCCGUCCAAGUCGUUCGUGUCGGGCGCGGCGUCGCCCGCGCCCGCGCACUCGCAUGCCCUGCAACACUCCCCCUCCAACUCCUCCGUGGGCUCGCAGCAACAAUUCCACCCCCUGCAACAGAAGCAGCGGUCCUUCCUCACGUUCGGCUUCGGCGCCGGCUCCACGGGCAGCGGCACCGGCGGCUCCGGCGGGAACGCGUCGCGCCGCGAGAGCCACGUCAAUGUCAAUGUUACUCCCACCGGCCACGAUCUUUCUUCCGACACUCCCGAAAUACGGAAGUACAAGAAGAGGUUCAACUCCGAGAUUUUAUGUGCUGCAUUAUGGGGUGUCAACUUACUCAUCGGCACCGAAAAUGGAUUGAUGUUGUUAGACCGUUCUGGUCAAGGAAAAGUUUAUCAAUUGAUCUCUCGACGCCGCUUCCAGCAAAUGGAAGUGUUAGAAGGCCAAAAUAUCCUUGUGACAGUAUCCGGAAAAAAGAACCGUGUUCGAGUGUAUUACUUAAGCUGGUUGAAAUCUAAAAUUUUACGCACAGAUGGUCUCAGUGACCAAGUAGAACGAAGAAAUGGCUGGAUAAAUGUCGGCGAGCUGCAAGGCGCAGUACAUUUCCGUAUCGUUAAAUACGAACGUAUCAAAUUUCUCGUCAUUGCUUUGAAAGAUUCUAUUGAAAUUUACGCCUGGGCUCCGAAACCUUAUCACAAAUUCAUGGCUUUUAAGAAUUUCGGAGACCUCCAACAUAGGCCUCUAUUGGUCGAUCUCACUAUUGAAGAAGGCACAAGACUGAAAGUAAUUUAUGGAUCAGCUGACGGCUUCCAUGCCGUCGAUCUAGACACUGCCACUGUCUACGACAUUUAUAUCCCAAAGCAUAUACAGGGGGCUAUAGUACCACACUGCAUUGUCCCUCUGCCGAACUCAAAUGGAGUGCAGUUGUUAUUGUGCUACGACAAUGAGGGCGUGUACGUCAAUACGUAUGGGCGCGUCAGCAAAAAUAUUGUACUUCAGUGGGGCGAAAUGCCAACAUCGGUAGCGUACAUUGGAACGGGGCAAAUCAUGGGAUGGGGGAAUAAAGCUAUUGAAAUACGUUCAGUAGAAAGUGGGCACUUAGAUGGCGUCUUUAUGCACAAGAAAGCUCAGCGGCUCAAAUUUUUAUGUGAGCGUAACGACAAAGUAUUCUUUUCCUCCGCUAAAGGGGGUUCAUCUUGUCAGAUAUAUUUUAUGACAUUGAACAAACCCGGAAUGGCUAACUGGUAGUCAGAUUAGUAGGACCGCAAAGUCUGUGAUGAUAGCAGGCGGCCAGAACACAUGCCAGUGGAGUAGUUUAGUCAACGUAAGUUAAAACGCGCAUUGUUGGCCGUAUGGAUAUCAGAGACUUGAUCAAUUAUACUGACCAGGUAAAGGAUAUUUCUCUAUAUCUAAGUGCUCAAAAGACAAUCGUAAAUACUUAAACGAUCCAGCAUACGACGGCCCCUAUCUUUUAUUAAUUGUGGCAUUUUGUACUGAAUAUUGUAAUUUCAAUACAUGCUACUAAGAAAUAUUUAAUAUUAAGCAAUAACCUAUAGGAUAAAUGUUUUGAUAUUGACAAUUAUUCAUAGUAAGCUAAUAUUGCUUAGAUUUAUAUUAUGUUGCAAUGUAUAAUUUCUAAAAGAAAAUGUAAUUCAAAUCAAAGUAUCAAUUGAUUAUUAUGCCAUAUUAUAUUGUUUGUAAUGUUAAGUCAGUUGGGUGAUAAUACAAAUAUUAAUUGGUUAUAUAAUUUUAACAAAGAAAAUGCCAUUUUGACCGAUGAUGAUAUUAGUAUCUUUGAUUUAUAUGGAGUUAAAGAAAUUAGUUAAAUGUAUAAAUUAUUCUAAACCUUAUGGUUAAAACAAGAAGUUGCAAUUUAGUCAACUCAUUUUGUAUCAUAUUAUUAUCACAUCAAGCUUUACAAUUUUAUUCAAGGAAAUCCUAAAAUUUUGAUACUAUUUAUUAUUUAUUUGCUGUGUACAAUAUAAUUUACAUGUAUAAAGGUAACUGUGCAUAUUGAAAAUUAUAUAUUUGAUGACUUUAUUUGAGUAUACCUUAGCCCAAUAAAAUACCAAAAGAAAAUUUGUUGUUUUAGAUAUAAUUCCACAGUAUUACUAAGCACAAACUGCAUCACAAUAAAAUUUACAUAAACCAAUCGAA